AUUACUGGUGGCCAGCGGAGAGACAGAUUAUACGGCUCUACACAACUGUUGUUUUAAUCCCCUGGGCGAGGAGAUUUAGCAGGAAAAAACACUGGCUUUAAACCCAGCAGCCAUAUUGUAUGGAAAAACGACGGAAAGACUCCAGUUUUCAGAAAAAGUCGACUUCUCAGACACCUCUGUCAGGACUUUUGGGGAGUUUAAUUUUCUCUCUUACUGGCGGUGGGUUGCUGCUGCACAGCUAGCUCGCCAGCUGGCUGGGAGAAAAAGAGAUUGGGACUAGUUUUUCCAGCCAUUUCACACAAUAUUGUGGUUAUUUCUUUGGCUUAGAAGUGUGAAACUGAACGGCUGAAAAAAUGAAGGACCGAUUGGAGCAACUUAAAGCGACGUGUGAUCAAGAUGACGACGAGGUGGAGAUCGCUGUGGACAACGCAGCCUUCAUGGACGAGUUCUUCUCUCAGAUUGAGGACAUCAGGAACAGUAUCGAUAAAAUCGACGAGAACGUGGCUGAAGUCAAAAAGCUUUACUCGGUCAUCCUGUCUGCUCCCACAUCAGAUCAGAAAACACAGGAUGACUUGGAGGCAAUCACCAAUGACAUAAAGAAGAUGGCCAACAAUGCAAGAAACAAACUCAAGACCAUCGAGAGGAAUCUGGAAUCAGAGGAGCAGGAGAGGGUGUCGGCUGACAUGCGGAUACGUAAAUCACAGCAUGCAGUGCUGUCCAGGAAGUUUGUGGAGGUAAUGACAAAGUAUAAUGAAGCUCAGGUGGACUUUCGGGAGAGGAGUAAAGGACGGAUUCAGAGACAGCUAGAGAUCACUGGAAAAGCUACAACGGAUGACGAACUGGAGGAGAUGCUGGAGAGUGGAAAUGCGGCUGUGUUUACUGCAGGGAUUGUGGACUCUGGGAUCUCGAAACAAGCCCUGAGUGAGAUUGAAUCCAGACACAAAGACAUUGUCCGUCUGGAAAGCAGCAUCAAGGAGCUGCAUGAUAUGUUUGUAGACAUCGCCAUGCUGGUGGAGAGCCAGGGUGACAUAGUAGACAACAUAGAGCAGAAUGUAUCCAAUUCAGUGGACCACAUAAUACAAGCUAAGGAAGAGACCAAAAAAGCUGUAAGGUACCAGACCAAAGCACGCAAGAAAAUGGUGAUAAUAGCGGUGGUUGUGGCGAUCUUGCUGGCCAUACUAGCUCUCAUUAUUGGGCUCUCAGUGGGAUUGAAGUGAAGCUGAUGAACUAUUACAGUAUAAGGAGAGCUAAGGAAGAUGAUGAUUAUUGGUGGAGUCUGUGCUGUGGUUGUUGUCAUCCUCCUCAUCGUCAUCCUCACACAUACAGCAUAGAAUGACUGUGUAUUCAUCAUCCUCUGCAUCCUGUUCUCCAUCAGCUGGCCCAAAGAAAACACCGAUACCAAUCACUCCAUAUGGAUUUUAUUAUAUUAAACCUGCAGAUGUGCAACCCAUUCAUUGAAAAAAAAAAAACAACAAAAAAAACGCUGAGAUCUGGUGUUACAUUUGACCUCUUGAAAGAAGAAGAAGGAGGUCUGUUUGACUCCCUCAGGUUUGGACGUUUUGAGGAUGCUCUGCUGCAAAUGAGGAACUAAAGCUGACAUUAGGUACAAUACCUGUAUCUCUGUGGAGGCAAAAAGGGAACUGAAAAACCAUAACGCCACGUAACGUUUCUUUGUUCAACAUUUCAUGCCAAAGAAUCAGUCUGGAAGUGUUUGUCAUCUGUGAUUUUAACUCCUGGGGAAGUCGGACACUUGUCGAAGCACAUUACCUCCCUAAUCAUUAAACCUCGCAAUUAUGAGCCUUGACACAGUUUAUGAUUGAAAAGUUUGCCACUGAAUGUUCACUGCUCUGAGAUUUUGUUGGUUUUGGGGAGUUUGAGCACUUUUACAUGUCAGAAUACAUAAUGAAACUCAAAUUUCUGUAAUUACCAUGUAAAUAAUAGAAUUACUAUUGGUGCAUCGUUGACAUCGAGCCCUGAAUGUGGCUCGGAUCUUUAGCUUGAAGAGGACUGGUGUGCACUCUCCUAUGAUUCUUCAAGUUAAUUAUUCAGUCAUAAUUUAGUUUUUUUUUUUUUUUUUCAUUUUAAAAUGUGAAGGAUGGUGCUUAUGGGAAUACAUUUCAUGAACUCGCAAAGAAAAGACAGGCAAGUGGGACAAAUACAUGGCUUGCUUGCAGAAUUAUGUAAACGCUACAGCAUAUGGGAGAAAUACCUGGAAAAACAUUUACAUUGUUUAAAAUACUGUAAAAACACAAUGUUGUAAUGUCAAAGGGUUUGUAGCGAGGCCGGUAGCAACACUAGUGGCAUGUUCCCAUAAGUGCCUGAAUAGUCUUCGUAUUUAUUCUACUUUUUGACGAUGUGUUGCCUGUGAAGACACAUAAAUGGACACUUUAACCUGCA